UUUGCACCUACUUCCGCAUGACGUCGUAUGUGUUUGCGCCCUCUAAACCAAUCGGUGAUUACGCUGCAGAUAAAGCAGCGAAUGGAAAUGUGCUGUGUCAUAUGCGGAGGGACGAAGCUUCGACCACCGGAUUCCACUCUGUAAUGUCGUCGUAUUUAAAUAAAAAAUACGUUUAAGGACGUGUUUGGUGCACUAGCCACCACCAGUACAUAUUAUCCUCGUCUUCCGUCCCUGUGAUUGGUUUUCUGUUUUGGUCAGGCCAUGGUCCUAGCAAUGUGGGCGGUGCUCCGUGUGCUAUCCCGUGGAGGAGCCGCCGUCCUAAAAUCAAACGCACCCGCAGCACCUCCCGGGACCCGCUUCUUGUGCACUGCUUCCAAUAUCUACGGCAGAGCAACACCCAGUGGAGUUCGACACCUGCAGUCCGCCGCCAGAAUGCCGGAGAUAACCACGGAUCACCUGGACGAGAAGCAGGUGCAGCUGCUGUCCGAGAUGUGCAUCCUCAUCGACGACAACGACCAGAAGAUCGGAGCGGACACCAAAAAAAACUGCCACCUCAACUCCAACAUCGACAAAGGUCUAUUGCACCGAGCCUUCAGCGUCUUCAUCUUCAACAGCGAAGAGAAGCUGCUUCUCCAACAGAGGUCCGAUGCCAAAAUCACCUUCCCAGGUUGUUACACCAACACAUGCUGCAGUCACCCUCUACACACAGACAGCGAGCUGGAGGAGAAGGAGGCCAUAGGCGUGAGGAGGGCCGCUCAGAGAAGACUCAAAGCUGAACUGGGGAUCCCAAUGGAGCAGGUGACUCCAGAGGAGAUGACCUACCUGACACGAAUCCACUACAAGGCCCAAUCGGACGGCGUUUGGGGAGAACACGAGAUCGACUACAUCCUCUUCAUGCAGAAGGACGUGGACCUGAGUCCAGACCCCAAUGAGAUCAAAAGCCACUGCUACGUGAGCAAAGAGGAGCUGAAAGCCAUGCUGCAGAAGGCCAAGCGCAAAGAGCUGGAGGUCACGCCCUGGUUCAGCCUCAUCGCAGACACCUUCCUCUUCCAGUGGUGGGACAACCUCCACAACCUGAAGCAGUUCAUGGACCACGCCCACAUCCACCGCAUGUAGCCGCCGUCCGCUCUCCGAUCACAGAAAAAGAGGAAGGCUCUGAUCGCCAGAGACCCAACGAGCACCCGCUCCUGCCUUUCGGUUUGGUUUGGAGAUCAGAAAGCAGGGGGUGUCUCAGUCGUGGUGCCUGUGUGAAGUCCGGCACGUGGACAGGCUCACCCAGGAUUCUGAGGGCUUUUUAGCCUUCGGAUUUAGUAGAUGGGGAAAAGUGUUGACAGCUCCACGGAUUCACAGUGGUAUUUUUGUAUAAAUAAAUGAAUAAAGUUAUGUUAUUUCCUCCAGUUGAGAUGCUGUUUCACGUUCUGCAAUGAAAGCUCGUCUUUAAAUUUUUUACACAAACUGUUACACACACUUUACACAAGUAUUUCCCCUCCCACAGGAUUAAGAAAACUAGAAAAAAUGGGAAAGAAGCACUAAAGUCAAUGAGAAACUACUUUUGAAAAGUCUGUGCCUUCAUGGUGGUAAAACCUUUUC